GCAAAGCAGUGACAUUAAGGUUGGGCUUGUGCAGCAGGCACAGCUCUGAGGGAUCACUGCAGCCCCUGGGCCAGCACUGGGCUGCACUCAGGGAGAGGACACGAAGGCCUGAGGUGGCACAGCCUUGUUCUGCGCCUAGUGAUAUCUAGGAUUCAAUGUACCAUUCAUUUGGUACAGCUCUUCUAUUAAAUGUGCUGCAAGGAAGAGAGCUUGUGAUAAGACAUUGCAAGCAGAUGCUGCAAUGUGAGGAGGCUUCCCAUCUGCAGGGGACUGUUCCCAUGGGGCAGUUAGGACAUCCAAUCAGAACCAAAAUGAGGAACAAACUAUGGCUCCAGAGUAUUUCCUUCUUCCUUUUAUUCCAGUGCACCACGUGUCAUGAAAACCUCACUUGUUUUGUGGACUAUGUGCAGACCCUGUCCUGCCUCCUGAGGAAUGACCUGGGUGCCAGUUUGUACAACAUCACUGCUACAUGGGUUGAUGAGGACAAUCCAGAAAACACUGUGGCAGCCUGCAGUCUCCUGGAAUUGUCCAGGAGCACCAACCACACAGAAUACAUUUGUACUGUGGACAUGACUGAACUGCUGGCAGACAUCAAAGUCCAGGUGGAUGUCACAGAGAUAGCUGACAGGCAGCACAUGAUUUCCAGAAGUUUUUAUAUGAGAGAAAACAUCAGACCACAGCCUCCGUUCAAUCUGACUGCUGUGUUCACAGAAGGUUACAAUAUUUCUUGGGAAACCAUCUACCAGAAUCCUCUUUUCUACUUUUUGAAUGAGGAGCUGGAAUAUCAGCUGCGUUAUAAGAGAAGGGUUGACACCUGGGAGACUCAGAAGAUUAAGUCUGUCCAUGAAGACAAACGGACACUGGUGAUCCUGCCGUGGGAACUCCAGAGGAACACUGAGUAUGAAUUCCAAGUGAGAGCCAGACCCCGAGAAGACACUGGCUACUAUGGAUUUUGGAGUGAAUGGAGCUCCCGGCUGACACUGAAAACCAGCCCUGCUGCUGUGACACAGAGAGCAGGCAUGGGAUGGAUGCUGUUUUUUAUUGUUGCCAUGGUGAUCACUGCCUCAAUCACAACCUUUCUGGCCAAGCAACAGAGCUUGUGGAAGAAGAUCGCCUGCAUCCCAGAUCCAUCUGCCUUUUUCAAACCACUUUACCUGAUGUAUAACGGAGAUUUCAAGAAGUGGGUUGGUACAUCCCAUAUGAAAAUGACCAUUGAUUUAUUUGAAUGGGAAAUAGUCCCUUCAGAAGUCCUGGAAGUUUUCAGCAUGCGUCCUUCCAGCUGCACCUCACAGGAGGAGAUAAAGGAGUUGAAAAAUGAUCUGCCUUGCAAGCCUUGUGUGUCCUGCCUGACCACCCCACUCCAGGACAGUCUCCUGUCAAGUGUGAACAGCAGCAGUGUGACUCAGGACCGCUCAUAUGGACAUUUGUCCAUUGACACUGUGACAGUGGCCGAUGAAUUCACACCUUGUAACUGCCAGUGCAAUUGUAACCGCAUGUACAGGGAACAAAAGCAUAAUGGUGAUGAAGAUAGUGCUGGAGAAAAUGGUUACCCCAAAGUUAACAUUGAUGAUGAAGACAGAAGGCCAUCCAGUGCUUUGCAUCUGUCUGACCUGAGCUCACAGGACAGAAUUCUGGCCUCAGGCUCUAUGUCCACAGAUCACCUGAGGACUACAAGUGCCCCAGGCCACCAGAAAGUUGAAGAGGCUGUGGAAAGAGGGAUGGGGAGCAUCCUAGAAGUCCUUUGCUUGCAUCCUAAUCAGUGGGAUUUGGAAAAUCCAGCUUCCCUACCUUCGCCUGAUGGUGAAAGCGUGUCCUACAGUGAAGGAUCCUGUGACUUUUUCCAUCGCAGUGCAAGGCCUGGUGACAGUUACCCCAUGAUCUGCCUAGAUUUGGACACUAUUGACAGCGGCUUUGUGGACUCGGACUGUGGGAGUCCAGUUGACUGUGAAUUUGAGCAAAAUAGCCAGACCAACUGUGGUUCCGUUCCUCUUGAGCAGGAGGGAGAGGACUUUCCACGGAGCUAUGUCAAGCAGUGGAUCUCCUGCCAUGCUGACAGCCCUGCCAGUGGGACUCAGACAAACUGAGGAGUUGAUUUUUGUUCUGCAGAGUAUAGGACCUUUCCCAUCCUGUGCCAGAAGCAAAGUGUUGGCCAAAUUCAGAAGAAAAAGCAAAGUUUACUCUGUGUAAGCUGUAUUGCAUACAAUGGAGAACAGUUAGAUCCAUAGAAAGAUAGGUCUAUUUCUACUGCCACUCAUUCUGUCCACAUUGUAUCAAACCUGACAUGAUUUAAUUUUUUUUUUUUUCAGCAUUCUUGG